AUGAGCGACGCUGAAUUUGAGGCAGCUGUCAGUGCACUUGAUCCCGAACUUCGAGUUCUGUUGGAAGGCGAAGCAGCCCUAGACGAAGAAGGAGGGAUAGCAAGUAAAGAUAGCGAUGUACAAAUAAUCAACGAAGAAGAAGAAAAGAAGCUGGACGUAUGCCACCGCUGUUACGCGCUCAAACACUACAAUCAUAUCACCACGGAAACAUCGCCUGCUUUUCUUCGUGCCACGCAACAAUACGGCUCGCUUGAAUUCUUAAAGACAAAGCGUAAUCCACUAAUCGUUGCUGUAUUGGACGUAAUUGACUUACCGUUCUCCCUUGGAUCCCAACUACCUGAACUUAUCCGCCAAAAUCCAAGCGCUCGGAUCAUGAUUGCUGCCAACAAAUUUGAUAUGCUUCCACAACGAGCACGACGCCACGAACAACGGAUACGAGAUUGGAUCGUCCAGCAUUUGAAGCAGCAUGGAUUCCCUACUCAACAAAUCCGUGGUGUCACACUUGUAAGCGCUAAAAAGGGCUGGGGCGUCUUGGGUCUAUUGCGCCGUAUAGACGAAGAACGGCUGCCAACAGACGAUAUUUAUCUAGUUGGUUGCACCAACGUUGGCAAAUCGGCACUGCUGAAUCAGAUAAUGUCACAACGCGCAAGCAAAAGCAAGCGACAACAAUACCAAAUCACAAGUUCGGCAGUCCCUGGUACGACGAUGGGUACACUCCGGAUACCAUUGCACGCAUUACAUAUGGGGACACCACAGCAGGCUGGAGGAAAACGACGUUUCUUGGAACGUGAACAUUAUUUGAUUGAUACGCCAGGUGCAGUGAACGAUCAGCAGCUGAUACAUCUGAUGUCGUUCAAAGAACAAAAGAAGCUUAUGCGCCACGCUGAACUCAAGCCUGUCACAUUUCGAUUAGAAGCGGGCCGAUCACUCCUUUUGGAUUCAUUCGCUCGUAUUGACGUUGUCGAAUCGAGCGAUCCUGUACUUUUUACGUUGUUCACCCCAAUGAUCCCGCAUAUAACAAAAACUCUUAAGAUGAUGGACCAAGAGGGCCCACUACAACCCAUACCGCAACUACUCUCUGUACGAGGUGUCCACAACUCCCGAGCAUCCGUCGAUCUUGCAUUUGCCAGUAUCGGCUGGAUAGCUGUGGCAGGAAUGUUUGAUAACGCAAGGCUCCGAGUCUGGUUACCGCCUAACGUCAAUCCAGUCGAAGCGUUUGCUAUCCGACAACCUGCCAUGUUACCCUUUGAAUAUCAAGGCGUGACACGAAAGUUUUUCGGUUCUGGCAAUCGGGCGCGACAAUAG